GUGUCCAGUCUAACUGCUCCGUGUUGUUCCAUUUGUAAAUCGAUCGCUGAUGCAUUCUCGCAUUUCGUUUCAAAUUCAGUGAGACAAAAUUUAUUUUAACGAAAAUAUUUCGCCUUUAAGGAGCUAACCUUUUUUUUUUUUUUUUUUACUAAGGAAAAAAAGUAGCAACAUUUAGCUGCCUCAAAUUCACAACAAGCUAAUGCUACUAUAACAAAGCUAGCGACGACGUUGGAGUCAAGUUAUUGUUAUUGUACAAAGUAGUAACGUGGUGUUAAUAUAAUGGGGGGGGUUUCGCUUCGUAUGCCGCCCAUGCGCCUGAGGAGGGUUCUGCCUCACCACGAGAAGAUCAACCUCCUGGAUAUGCUACGAGGAGGAAAAAGUUGUGCCGAUGUAGCUCGCCAUUAUGACCUGAACGAGAGUACUGUCCGGUACAUUAGGAAGAAGGAGACUGAGAUAAGAACGACCCACGGAUUGUUGGAGAUGAUGGAACCUCACCAAUGUGAAACAAGCGGGCAGAAUGUCGCAGAUGGUGCUCAACCCACUUUUAACUUCACAGAGAGACGCUUACGCAGCUUCAAAAGUAGUAAGUGUACAAAUGCAGACCUCCAACCGCGAGUCUCCACUGAGAGGCCAAAAAGAAAAACACAAUCAAAUCUGACUUACACGUCAUCAGUGACAUCAGAUGGGGACGAAGCAGAAGUAGAAGUUGUAGUAGAAGAAGAUGAAGAAUACAAAGACCAAGAAGAAGAAGAAAAUGACAAUGAAGAACCAAAGAGACGGAAAGCCCAAAAACAGAGAAAAGCGAAGGGAAAAGACAAAAUAUUGCUGACCAAGGAGUACAUUGCAGAGGAGUCAGAGCACAUGUAUGACACCCAUGUUUGCCACAAGUGUCGACGCUGUUUCAAGAUGCGCUCCCAUCUCCAAGAGCACCUUCAUGUGCAUUUUCCCGACCCAGGUCUGCAGUGUCCCACCUGCGAGCGCUUCUUCACCAGCAGGAGCAAACUACGUGUGCACCAGCUCCGCGAGGCGGGCAAAAAGGCCCACCGUUGCCACUUGUGUGAAUACUCUGCCGUGGAGCCAAAUGCCAUCCGACGCCACCUUGCCACGGUCCACGCAGACGAAAUGGAAGAGGACCCAACACGCCACCGCUAUCAGUGUCCCACUUGUGGUCAAGGUUUUGGCCAAAGUGGGUCGCUGAAGGAUCACAUAAAGACUCACCACGUCCGAACACCCAAAAUGGCGGUGGCGUGCUCCCAGGAUGGUUGUCCUUUCCGGAGUCAUUUGCGCAGGGCUCACAUGCGACACGCCGCAGAGGAGCACGGGAUCACGGCUGUGGGGUGUCGCCAUCAUGCCUGUGUUGCCGUGUUUCCCAGUGAGAAGCACAUGAAGGUUCACUUCAAGACACAUCUCGCUUACCACUGCUCGCAAUGUGAUUUCUCGUGUUCCAACAAGGCCGCUUUCCUCCGGCAUCAGCGGCAGGGUCACGCGGGAAGUGAAAAACUCUGCUGCGACUUUUGCAACUUUUUUACAUUCAACCCAGUGGAAUUCAAGCGGCAUGUUGGACACUUGCACGCCAAUGAGAAGACUCACCGCUGUUUGCAGUGUAGCUAUGUGACAUCACACAAGAGAGCCUUGAAUCGACACAUGCUGACGCACAGUGGUGAGAAGCCUCACAAGUGUGAGUUGUGUGACUUCCGGUGCCGAGACGAAUCGUACCUCUCAAAGCAUAUGCGCACACACUCGGAUGACAGGAACUUCAUGUGUGAGGAAUGUGGAUAUAUCACCAAGUGGAAGCACUACCUAAACAUCCACAUGAGGAAGCACGCAGGAGACCUCAGGUAUGAGUGUGAUCAGUGCCCAUAUCGCUGUCACCGCUUGGACCAGCUCAACAGCCACAAAUUACGACAUCAGGCCAAAUCGCUCAUGUGCGAGAUCUGUGCAUACACCUGCAAGCGUAAAUGUGAGCUUCGCAAUCACAUGUUGGCCAAGCAUUUGGUAGAGGGCAAGCAAGCAUCUGUACACAAGUGCAAAUACUGUGCAUACACGACGGGUUUCCGGCAAGCCCUUCAAAAUCACGAGAACUGUAAACACACCAGACUGAAACAGUACCGCUGUGCUCUCUGUCCCUAUUCCUCGUUCAGUAGCAUCAGCCUCUUCCUGCACAAGAGGAAAGCUCACGGUUACGUGCCUGGUGACAAAGCCUGGCUGGAGAAUUAUGCUGCCAAAGAGAGGGAGAGGAACUCUAAUAGCAUGCUACAUGACUCACUGAUAGGUCAUGAGAAUUCUGGGGUGUCCACCGAAGAACCCAUUCCAAUGGAACAGUCCGGGAAUGCAGGCGCUCCAGCAGAUCAGAGUGCCGCAGAAGCUGCUGAAGUUUGUUCAGAGGUUUUUCCAUCCCUUAAUGCUGAUGCUGUCCUGAGUAAGCAGCGGACCAGUGAAGGAAUAUUACGUAGUCCUCCACCUGGGACCAGUCUAGAAUACUGCACCCUUGUUUUAACAACAUUGACCCCAGACUGUGAAAAUGUUUUUUUGCCAAAGGAGGACGCAACCUCUCAUAUUACGUCCACUACCUCAGAUUCGGGAAAACAAAAAGAAGCCAUCUCUUUGUCUAUAAACUCAGCUGAAGAAGAUGAGAUAACCACUGUUCAUGACGAGGGUGAAAAAAGUUCUGAUGAGGCUGAGAAUGAAACUCCAGAAUCUCCACCUGAGAAAAAUCAGGUCUUGGAACACGAUUGCCCUUUGAAUCCUACGAGAACACAGGCUGAAGCUCUGGUUUUGGACGGCAGGGUCUGGAUGCUUGCGGUGCCAACUAAAGACCAGUGCUCUUAUAUCACCAAGAAGGAGAAGACUCUUCAGCGCCGCCGUCGGUCUUUGUGUCGUAGUAGACCGCAGCAUCAUGAGUGUCAGGCCUGUAAUUCCCAGUUGAAACGGAGACGGGGCCUUGAUGGCCAACUUGCCAAGAAGUGCCCACAAACAUUUAUUAGCAAGGCAGCCGAACAGAUAGAAGACAACUCUACUGUGAGUCAGGAAACUUCGGAGAAACUCAGAGGAGCAAAUGUUCUAUCACAACAAAAGGGAAUUUCAGCAGAAGUAGAUUAUCAUGAUGCCUCUGUUCAUAGUGCCUCGAUAUCCAGUGAGCCAAAUCGUAAUCAAAGUCAACAUGGAGACGUUUCGGGGAACAUAAAUGUAGCACAUACCGGGAAAUUCAUGUGCAACUUUUGCAGUUUUUCAUCAGUCAAGUUCGCAACCGUUAAUCGGCACAUUUCCGGUUGUCAAAAACGCAAAGAAGACAAUCAAGUCAUCAGUAUACCAGUCGAAGAAAAGCAGCCUAUUGAGGAGAGGCCUGGGAAAGGUUCUUCCACUGUGUCUGAGGGUGGAAUGAGAAAUGCUUUAGCUCUCCAGGAAAAGCCCAAUGUGGUCCAGAGCUCUAUGUGUGCUGUUAAGCCAAAGCAUUUACCCCGCAACUCUACCGUUGAGCAAGAGGGAUGCAAAACACAAAACCAAAUGGGUGCUUCGUCCCCUCACACAUGUCGUUAUUGUCCUUUCAUCACCACCAGGCGCUACCGUUUGGUAGAGCAUCAGUCCCUUCACACAGGAACCGGACGCCACAUCUGCGACGUCUGUGACAAGACCUACGGAUCGGUAACGAAGCUGCGCCAGCACAAAGUGCGUGUUCAUGACAGACGACCCGCUUGGCCAUGCUCAUUUUGUGACUACAGCGGCUACAGGGCGGACGAUGUAAGGCGACACGCUCGCAGGUGUCACAUGGGGGACUCACAUCAUGACUGCACUGAUUGCGAGGCUCGCUUCAGUUCAGAAGCGGCUCUGAGAAACCACCGCAAACGAGCACACCGGCAGCCCGCGCAUUCUGCCUGCGAGCGCUGCGAUUUCACUUGCAGCAGCGAGGCCACGCUGAGGAACCACCAACGAAGUGAGCACAAGGAGUCAUUCGAGACCAAAGAAAUCUUUAAGGCUUAUCAGAAAAUCCACCUCGCUCACCAGUGUCAGCUCUGCUCUUUCGCGGGCAAAACCAAACAGCUCCUUGCACAGCACCUUCUUGAUGAGCACGAGGAGUCCACCCUGAACAAACCACUCCGGUGCGGGAGCUGUGCAUUUGCUUGCCGGCAUCCACUGGUGUUGGAACAGCACCUGCGCUCACAUGGAGGCAAGCGCGUGUACAAGUGCGCAGAAUGCAAGUACUCGACAGGCAACAAGCAGAAGAUCACCUGGCAUGUUCGCAUACACACGGGGGAGAAGCCGCACAGGUGUGAGCAUUGUAGCUACGCAUGCGUCGAUCCCUCAAGGCUGAAGCUUCAUAUGAGGGUUCACCGAGAAGAGAAAAAGUACCUUUGUCCUGAGUGUGGCUACAAAUGCAAGUGGGCCACUCAGCUGAAGUACCACAUGACCAAGCAUACAGGAGAGAAGCCGUACCCCUGCGACCAGUGUGACUACCGCACCAACCGAGCGGAUGCCCUCCGCGUCCACCGGGUCACGCGUCACUGUGACGUGCGCGCCUACGUUUGCGAGAAAUGCGGUAAAGCCUUCAAGACCAGCUUCAUCCUGAAGACCCACCAGCGCCAGCACGGCGACGAGCGGCCAUACGCUUGCGGCGUAUGCCACAAGGCUUUCCGCUGGCCCGCCGGCCUCAGGCAUCACUUCUUGACACACACCGAGCAGCUGCCAUACCGCUGUUGUCGCUGUUCUUAUCGAGCCAAGCAGAAGUUUCAGGCGGUGAAACAUUUGCAGAGACACCACCCAGGGACGCCGGUGGAGCAGGGGGUGGUGAGGGACUCGGAGACUGGCGGCCUCACCCUGAAGGAGGCUAUGCAAGGAAUGCUGAACGAUAGAGUAACAGAGGAGAAGCGAGAACAACAAACACCGAGGAGCGGACAAACUGAACAACAAUAAUGCCCCUGCGGGUCACGAGAGGCAGGGUACACCCUGAACCGGUCGGCAGGAGGAAACAGGAGUACCCGGAGAAAACCCACGCAGGCACGGGGAGAACAUGCAAACUCCACACAGGCGAGGCUGAAUUUGAACCCGGGUCCUCAGAACUGUGAGGCAGAUGUGCUAAUCAGUCGCCCACCGUGCUAUAUACUGGUGUCUCUUGAUUAUCGUACAAGCGCAAGGCUCACUGCGCAUUUGCUAGAGCAGUAUGCGCCAGGCUGGGCGUAUUGGCACAGUGGGGGCGUGUGCCCUUGGAGACAUGCCUGGUCAAGUGAGAACUUAGUAUCAGAAAGUCUGUCUUUAGCCUGCUCAUACUACAUCUAACUUUUGGUGCAGCUGGUCUACUGCGAUUUCGGAGAAUUUGAUCAUCCAGUCAUUAUCAUAGGGAUAGCUACAUGAGGUCUGCGCACAUACAGGUAUUUAAGUCACUCUCUGUUGUCACCAGCUCAUACAUGCAUUUAAUCACGUUGUCUUUUGCCACACCAGCCAAGAGUAGUGACAAGGCUCCAGUCACGAGUGGAUCACUCUUCCGCACAGAGACGUCUCCAAGUGAGACUGUCAUUGCGCCUCAUUUAAAGGGAAUGAGAGGAGCCGCUUUGAUUGGUGGCGAAUUAAGUCAGCUCUGUUCACUUUUUUCAAAUAUGCCAGCUACGAGCGUCUGUGAAAUUACAAAGGGACAGGUUUAACCCGCCUGCGCUCAGACUUGCGCUGCUCGCUGUGCUGAAUUUACGCCACUCACGAAAAUAGAGCCCAGAGUUUAUAUCUCAUUAUUAACGCCAUUACUAACCAAUUCUGAUUCAUCUAGCUACUGUUUUUGAUUUUGAAGUCAUCAAAUAAGAUAAAUAAUCAAUAGUGUUUGUUAAGUAAGUCAUUCAUUAAAUAACCAUCCUGUUACGUUUGUUUGUCAGGAACAAUCACCUGUGAUCUAAUGUCCCUGGGUCAAUAUGACCCUGACCAUGUUUAAUUAUCCAAAAGUGUCAGACACUCCCAAAUCCAUUAUUUAUAUCUCAUUAUUAACUCCAUUAAUAACCACUUUAUCAAAAUGUGGCAGAAACAAAUAAAAUUCCCUCAGAACAUUGUUUAUAUCAUUGUAAAUCUGCAAAAAUAUGAAAUGUUCAUUAUAUACAUUGAUGAGACUUCACUCCAAACCAAAAAAAAAAAAACUAGAAAUGGUUCAAUUUGAAGUGCAACAUAACAGAACAGUUAAGGGCUAAGAGUUUUAACAUUAAUCAUUCACUAACAUGAACACAGCUUUGGCAUGUUUGUUGUCAUGCUGAAGAUUUCCAGUGAGUCCAGCAGUCACAAGUCCCACACACCCUCCUCGAGCUAUAAAUAAGGUCAUCAAUGUGCGCUUUUAUU